CGCGUCGCGACUUGGUUCGCGCGAGCGUCCACUCGCGCGUCGUCGCCCCCGCGUCGUCGAACCGAACCCCGCGAGCGCGCGUCUCUUUCGUCGCGCGCCCGGCGAUCGUCGAAAUAAUUUGAGCGAUCGAUCAUCGAUCGAUCGAUCCCCGUCAUCACCGUUCAUUACACUGGUCUCCAUACGACCGCGUUCGCGUGGUGAACGCCGUUCCUUAAGGACUUUAUCGCCCGGGGGCUCUCGAGCGACGACGACGACGACCUCGUCGCACGACCGGCGAUAGAUACAUCGCGAUACGACCCGUCCCGUCGUCGUCAUGGCUCCCGCUUCCUCCUACGGCUCCACGCCCGCGGGCGUGGACGCGGACGCCGCGCCCGCGAGCGACCCGGAGUGGGUCAGCGUCGUGAAGCGCGUCACAGGCGCGGCGCCCGCGACCGCGGAGCGUCUCGACGUCUUGAAGUACCUCCUCAUCGUCCUCGUCGUCGCCGCGCAGUUCUCCGAGCCGUUCUACCACGUCGACAACAAGCCCGCGGCGUGCUUUAUCUUCUUCGCGUACCAGUUCGCGGGACCGGGGUUCGUGCUCAUCUCCGGGUACGUCAGCAACGACCUGAACGCGAGGCGACGACGCGCGCUCAUCGCGGGCGUGAUCUUCCCGUUCUUGGUCCUUCACUUUCUCUACAGCGCGUGGUACACCGAGGCGUUCUGCCGCGGCGACGACGCGGAGACGUGUCAGAUCACGUACAACUACUCCAUGAUCGACCCCGCGGCGGGGAAGUGGAACUCGUGGGGCAAAGACUGGACGUUCGCGUACCCGUUCGGUAACUUGUGGUACCUGAUGGCGUUGUUACAGAUGCGAGCGUGGCGGCAGUUCGCGCUCGAGAUGCGCGCGCCGAUCCUGUUCCACGUCGCGCUCGCGCUCCUCGUCGGGUACGCCGCGAUCGGGGAGUACCUCGCGCUGCAGCGCGUCUUCAAGUUCACGCCGUACUUUUUGACCGGGUUCCUCAUGAAGAAGCACGGCGCGUUCUUCCCCGUUGCGCGCGGCGACGCGGCGGUGUUUACCUGCGUCGGCGCGCUGCUGCUAAACGUCGGCCUCGCGUGCGUCGCGGGGACGCAGAUGUCGUACAGCACCGGCGGCGAGAAGAUCCUGUCGGGGAAGUACCCGUACGACGACACGUACGGGAACUACUGGCCGUACGGCGCGUUCUAUCAGCUCGGUCUGUACGCGUGGAGCUUCGGCGCGAUGGCGAUCGUCUUCGCGCUCGUGCGCGACCCGAGCGAUUACGGCGUCAAGUACUCCUCCGGCGACGCCGGCUCAACGAAAGACGCCGGGUUCACGAAGAUGCACGACGGCAAGAGCGAAGAGGAGAGCCUCCUCGGCGGCGCGGUCAAGUCCAAGCUUCGCGCGUACGACCAGGGCGUCGGCGCGCGCGGCGGCAGAUCGAAGGCGGCGGCGCGGUACGCUCGCGAGAGCGAACAGAGCAAGUACGCUAUCAACGCGCGGUCGUAUCUGCGCGCGGCCAAGUACGGGAGCCGCUCGUUCUACCCGUUCUGUCUUCACACCGCGGUGUUUUUGUUCCUCGCGCACGCCACCGGGUGGUACGACGUCUGCGAGAAGUACAGCGGCGGACACGGCGCGGUGCACCUCCGGUUUUUUUUCUCAGUCGUCAUGGCGUUCAUCG